UCAGUGCUUUCAAGCAUGCGAACGGUCAGUUUACUCUCGUCAAAUUCGCUGAAGAGAUUAGUUUUCUCCACCGUUGAAAGCGUUGUACCUGCAGCAUGCCCGAUAUCGUAAGUUAUGUUUUAUUUCUCCUAGGGGUUGGUCCUCUUAUUGCUGUUGAAGACGAUUAAAGAUAUGUGUAAGACGAACUACCGCAAGAGGCAUCAGUCAGUGAUAUAACGAGCUCCCUCCGUGUAACUGAACUGAAGAUCUGCAAAGCAAUGGAGCAAGAUUCAGUCGAGCCUGUACUGAACAGUGUUCUCUUUGACGUGUGGGAAGCAGCAGUAUUACGUUUGUUGUCACUUGUGGACAUUUUUCAGCUAUGUGGUGUUACGAGAGACGUCCGAAAGCUGUUGCAUAAUGAACCUAUGUUCAGGCGUUUAUGUCAAAAUCGCUAUCAGAUCAGUCCAAAUUUGAAACUGUCGUACAUCAGACUUGCCAAACACCUCUGCAUCGCCACCAGAGUAUCCAGCAUACAUGAUAGCAAUGCUGAUUCUGGCAAUGACUGUGUUGUGCAUAGUGAUGAUCCUCAUGAUCAAUACCAGGUGUUCAAACAAAGAAACUUAAUGUUCGUGCAACUGUGCAGCCUGGCGAUGAUGCCGUCUACAGGACAAGCCCAAUCCAUAAUGCGGUUCAGCCUUCCGCUAUCUCAGCCUUUGAUCAGUAUGUUUUGGCGGUCAUCAAAGGAUAUAUCUUCCUACCUACCCAACCUUUCAACUUCAAUGAUUGAGAGACAUUGUAGAGUAUUGGAACAAGAGGCGACGUACAGUUUAGCAGACGCGACGAAUUUGUUGUUGGAGAUGUGCGGCUCCUACGAAGAUUACCAAACAUGUAUACUGAAAAAACUGGAACAGGAUAUUCCGGAGACUGCAACAUUCUUGAAAUAUUCGAACCGCUCUUGCAGGCAAGUUGAGCUUGCAAAAUGCUUUGAAAUCGUGUCAAGAAGAGAACCAGAAUUGCUCUUAUCCCUAAGAUGUGAGAAUCUGAUACCAACCCCUCCUCAGCACAUUUCUACUCGCUGGAGCUACAACUCAUACGACUUUGUUAUACUCGAGGAAGCUGACAAUGACCUCAGCGAUGACGUUAUAGCCACUCAUAAUUGGAUAGACUUCACGGUGCAGCUAGCAGAGCGUCACUCAGUGCUCAAGCUCUUUAUCAAAGGAAGCCUACGUUUAUCGCAUUCGGAGGAUUACUUCGUGGCUGUCAUGGAGUAUGACAAGCUCUGGCACAGUCUGCCCUCGUCUAGUCGCCCCAGCCAGGAGGUUCUCUACCGUGAACUGGGAAGCUACCUACUGUCCACUAUACAAAGGUCGCAGUGUGGAAAGGAACUGACAAAAGCGGAACUGCUAAACGCCAUGGAACGGUCGGGCAAGAUGAUUGUUGUCUGUGAAACCAUGUGGUCUGUAUUUCCUUUUGUGUGUGCUGUUGUUGCUAUGGUUCUUUUUGCCCGAGCUUCCUAUAAAUGAUUGAUUGUACUUGAAGUAAAUUCGACAUGGACUAGUAUCUAACGAUCAACUGAACAUCCUGCAAUGCCGACAAGAGAAUAAUGAGUACAUGGUACGUUUUCGUGAACUCACAACAUUGAGCAUAAUUGUCCUCUUGAACUACAUUACGCACUGGCAAGCGAUCUUGGCAAUUAUUUCUAAGGAGAGGGUUUUUUUAAAAACGGAGCGCGCGCUCGCACAUUGUCCAAGUUUAAGGUGGCAGACUACCCAAAAAUUCGCUGAAAAAUCGAAUUUGUAAAUUCAUAUUGAGUGCUACGUCAGUUGAAAGAGCAUGAAUAGCUGCAAAUUCUCUGAAAAUUGUGUCCCGAUCUGACCCGCCGUUCAAGAGUUAUGGCAGAAAAUGUGCCCUUGCAAGGAAAGAUUUUUUUGUUGCACGCUGUCAUUUGUUGGCAGCACUGUAUUUGAAUGUGAGCAGAC